UUUUUUUUUUUUUUGACCCUUGUUUAUAGCUUAUCAAGGCUGAUUUACCUGAUUAAGAUAUUCGUGGUUGAUAUUGCUGGUCAAGACGUACUUGAGGUUAUCCAAUUCCAGACCGUGUCCCGUAUUUGCAUCGAGAUUUGUUGCUAGAGUCCCUAUUUUGACUGAGAGAAACAACGAAAGAAGACCUAGAAACUAGUUUACAUUCAGGUAGUAUACAAUAUACAUAUAUGAUAUUCUGUUCGUAAACACAUCUCUUAUUAGUAUUGAUUAUGUCUACCGCAAAUGAUGUACCGAAGGAGGAAGAUCCCGAAGUUUCUUCAAAAAGGAAGAUCAAACAAUUAGAUCCUUUGGCAAUCACCGAAUCGCUCGGGCUUCAAACUUAUAGAAAAGACACCAGGCUGCCAUGGAGCAAAGAAGAAGAUGCCCAGUUGAUGAGAGCAAUCAGGGAAUUAUACCCUGAAGAAGAAUUGAAAAAUAUACAACCGGAAUCAAUUGAAUGGGAUGCAGUUUCCGAAAAAAUUGGAUCUGAUGGUAUUAGAAAAGCAAAAGAUUGUCGGAAAAGAUGGUGCCACUCAUUGGAUCCCAGUUUAAGAAGAGGGAAAUGGACACCCGAAGAAGAUGAAUUGCUUAUCCAAGCACAUCAAAAAUAUGGUCCUUCAUGGCAAAAAGUUUCAAUUGAGAUAAAGGGAAGAACCGAUGAUCAAUGUGCUAAAAGAUACCUCGAAGUAUUGGAUCCAAGUACCAAAGAUCGUUUGAGACCUUGGACUUAUGACGAGGAUUUACUAUUAAUACGACAAAUUAAGAUUCAUGGUACUAAAUGGAGAACUAUUGCGGGUGAAAUUAGUGGUAGGCCUUCAUUAACUUGUCGUAAUAGAUGGAGAAAGAUUGUUACUGAUGUGGUUAGGGGUAAAGCCAAUCCCUUGGUUACUCGGGAAGUCGAUUUAAUCACUAAUGGUAGUUUAGAUUCGAAAGUUUUACAACAGAAUAUCGAAGACUCUCAUGCUAAGGAGAUGUUGAAAAAGAAAAAAAUUAUAAAAGCCCAACAGAAGAGCCAGUUGAAGAAGAAGAAAAACCCUGCUCCUCCCAAAGAGCAGCCUAAACCUGAUGAACCCACUCAUUCGCUGCCUAGUGCUCCAAUACCUUACCAGCCAGCUAAACGACUUAUACCGCCAUCGGCAAUAACUAGACCUGUCACUAGUGAGACCACUUGGAAGUAUUCUUUGGGAAGUGAACAAGACAACUUAUUGUUCAGUCCUGAAAAUGGUGGGAAUAUCAAAAAUCAAGAAUUAGUUCAACAAUUAAUUAAUUAUGCCAAGCAUCAAGGUCUAGAAGUUACUGUCCAUCAGCACAUUCAUCAUCAUUAUUCGCCGCCUAACACCCAGCACCAGCAGUCGCCCAUGAUGCAUCCAGGAAUCCCUCCGAAUGAAUUGGCUCCCUAUGAGCCCUAUUCCUCGGUUAACAGUCAAUCUCCUAAAAACGAUAACGGGUAUUCUCAACACAGCUCGCCUAAUGGCGCUUAUUAUACUGGUGAUCCUCACAAUAAAAUGGCAAGAUAUCAACAUUUUAACUAUUUACCUCCAUUAACAGAGGUUCCGAAAUUGAACUCUUCGGGAUCGUCACCUUCUUCAAGCUCCAAGAGUCAUGGUACCACUCACCACCAUCACCACCACCACCAUCACCACCAUCACGAUCCCAAAAACCCUGAAAACCAUUCAAAAUCAUCCAAUGAAGAUAACCAAAAGGCGUCCAAUCUCAACAAGAUCUUGAACCGUAAUCCCGGGGACAUGAGUGAUAAAAACAACGAUAACAACUCGUUAACACCUCUAACUCAAGCCGUACAAAUCGCAGUUGCCGCAGAAGCAAACACCGUUGAUGGGAAGAGAAGUCAUUCAACUGAUCACGGAGCAAACAAAAGAGCCAAAUUAACGAAUGAAAGCGAAAAUGAAGAAGAUUUGGAAGAAGGGCUUGACUUCUGGGAAACAAUGAGAAACUUGACCGAUAUCGCUAAUAAUAAUGCAGGUACCCCUACCCCUGGCAUUUCCACAGGAAUGACGCCUACUCCUUCGGGCCACCAGCAUCAUCAACACCAACAACUGACCCAAUCGCAAUCACAACAAACCCAAAAGCCUGUCUCCCAGCACCAUCCAUUGCAUUAUUUUUCCGGUACCACCCCUCAGCCUUUCCCCGGUGGUGUAUCCUCUCCAGCCCCUGCCAUCAACCUGGCCGAAGAGGAAGUCGACGAAGACGAGGCUUUACGCUCCUACGGCUUAUACUACAACGUUUACACUCGUGAAGGGUCCUCCAACCCCGAAAACGUCCAACUGAAUAACCAAGGAGGUUCAGUCUAUGACAGUUUGGUCAGCAGCUUUGGCAUGAUACCUUUCAACCCUUCAUAGUCAUUUUAUAGACCCGCUUCUAUUAAUAUAACACCAGUUUUGCAA